CUGAAGCACAGCUCUGGACAUUUCGACACCGGGCUCAGUGUCAGUGUGGAGGGAGAGAGCUGAGCGGGGACGGAAGCUGCUGCUCGGCUCCUGGUGGAUACAAGCAGAGAUGUUCCUCUUCGAAAAACACUUCUUUUAAAAUAAAUUAAAACUAGAGACAUAAAGUAAGGCUCGUGAAUCCGGCGUGUGGUGACCCGGCUGAGACAGCCGAAGUUGUGGUCUCUGUGAGUCCCGUAGUAACGUCUCUUUGUUCGGGUUGUUAACGAUAUACAUCUUCCCUUCACCUUCAACAUGGAUAAUUCAGAGAAGGAGCUCAGGACGGACGACGACGAGGCUGAAUAUGAAGACGAGGAAGUGGACCCCAGAGUCCAGGGCGAGCUGGAGAAACUCAACCAGUCCACCGACGACAUCAACAGAUGUGAGACGGAGCUGGAGGACGCGAGGCAAAAGUUCCGUUCGGUUCUGGUUGAGGCCACGGUGAAGCUGGACGAACUUGUGAAGAAGAUCGGCAAGGCUGUGGAGGAGUCCAAGCCUUACUGGGAGGCCCGUAGGUUGGCCAGACAGGCCCAGCUGGAGGCCCAGAAGGCCACCCAGGACUUCCAGAGAGCCACGGAGGUCCUGCGGGCGGCCAAGGAGACCAUCUCCCUGGCCGAGCAGAGGCUCCUGGAGGAGGACAGCCGGCAGUUUGACUCCGCCUGGCAGGAGAUGCUGAACCACGCCACCCAGCGGGUGAUGGAGGCGGAGCACACAAAGACGAGAAGUGAGCUGGUGCACAAGGAGACGGCGGCAAAAUAUACGGCAGCAAUCAGCCGCAUGAAGCAGCUGGAGAAAAAACUCAAACGCACUAUCAACAAGUCAAAGCCCUACUUUGAGAUGAAGGCGAAGUAUUAUCUGCAGCUGGAGAACCUGAAGAAGAAUGUGGACGAGCGGCAGGCCAAGCUGUCUCAGGCCAAAGGCGAGUAUAAGACGGCGCUCAGGAACCUGGAGAUGAUCUCCGACGAGAUCCACGAGCGACGGCGGAGCUCCACGAUGGGCCCCCGGGGGCGCGGCGUGGGCGCCGAGGGGGACAGUGUUUCCGGGGACGACAUCUCCAGUUUUAAGAUGGAGUCAGACGGAAUGUCCAUGGCGUCUGUGUGUUUCGACGACGAGGCCUGUGGCGGCAGCAGCAGCGUCAUGUCUGAAGAAGACUCGGAGACUCGCUCCACCUGCAGCCUGGGUUCGUCUCCCAGCAGCCCUCAGGAGCUCCUGUCGCCCUGCCCCUUCGCCAGCUCCUCCUCUUCCUCCUGCACGUCGUCCUCUGCCUCUCCAUCACCCACUCCCUCCGCCUCCUCCUCCCCGUCUCCUCUGUCGAGGCCCUGCAGCCUGGACCUGCCCAGCACCGUGUCGCUGUCCGACUUCGGCCUCAUCUCGCCGGUGCUCGGACCUCGCAGCGAAUGCAGCGGAGCGUCGUCGCCAGAAUGCGACCUGGAGAGAGGUGACCGGGCAGAAGGUGCAGAAGGGGAUCUGGACAACGCCCCGGCCUCCAACAACAACAACUCGACUUCAAGCACAAAGAAGAGCUUCAGCCUGGAGGCACGCUUCAGCUUCCUCAACCUGCGCCGCCCCCGCACCGACAAAAACACGGACAACUGUUCCCAGAAGGCCGCAGCCGGGCAGACUCUGGUCUUGGUCAAAGGAGUCUGAGGACCAAAAAGAGGAUUUUGACUCAAACUUCUUAAUAAACAGCUGUUUAUAAGCUACCUGCCACAACUGCACUCCAUUUAGAAACUCCACAGUCAAAGAGAGACUUUGAAUGUCACAGUGUAUAUUAAGUUUCCUGUACAUCUUGGCAAGUGUUGUUACUCCCAUUUCCUUUAUGAAGGACAUUGCACCUUUUGGACUCUCAUGCCUGAGAAAUAAAGAGCACUGUUGUGUUUCAGCUGUGUCCGUUAAGGAUGAUAGAAUAAAAUGAUUGUUAGAAAUGAUUCAUGUUCAUAUUUUAUUGUUAUUUUUCCACUAAAAGCCAGAAAGACUUCUGUCACAAAAGCAAAAGUACAUUAGCUGCCUGAGAAAGGCCUUUGACUUGGGGGAUCUAUGAAAUAAAUGGGUUGGUGUAACUGUUUAUCCAAAUUGCGAAUUCAUUACUGUUAGCACUUGGCAUACUGUAAACCAUGCAGAGGCGAUGUUAAAGGAAUCUUAUGUGAAAAUGUUCAAUAAAUAACUGGUCUCUUAACCUGCUAUACGCUCCUGUAUUUGAUAUGUAAUGGUGUAUUUUCUGAAGUUAUGUAUGCAAAUGUUUAGUUUUAGGCACUAUGGACCCUCCAAUGUUCAAAAAAAACUGUUUAUUUUUCAUAUAAAGUAUAAUUUAGUAAGUUUAGUUUUUGCCACCAUGAUAAUUGAUUUUAAAAUGUACGUCUAUCUGUUGCAAACACAGCAAAGUUACUGAUAUAUAAACACAAAAUGUGGCCUUUUGAUAAGUCCCGUUGCAGGUAAAAACAGAAAUAGCUGCAUGUAAUUACUUAUGACAAAAUGUAAAGAAUGACUUAAGUGUUUCACAGCCCUCUAUGGUUUAAAGCGCAACAAUUACAUUGUUUAUUUGUUGAGGUGAGGAGGAAUACUAUCUUGGGUUUCUUUAGAGCAAAGGGAACAAAAUGUUCCUGGAGUUUACCAUCAAAAGACCUAAACCAACAAAGUGUCAGUGCAUCUCUCGACUUCCCUACUCCAAGCCCAUUGGUUCCUGCGGAAGAUGUACGUGAAAGGUUGAGAUUGUAAAAAAUGAUAAACGUAUACCUAAUCAGCAUUAUAGUAACAAUUGUGAGGAAAGGUUCUUUCUUCAGUCUGUGUAUUAUGUGUGUGAACAAAAUGUGAUAUCUGCAUAUUUCCAUAUAUCACUUUGUGUCACUUUUUGAUCUGGAAUUUAGGACAAGAACCCCCAACCAGCCUGCCCUCUCAUAACUAUGUGUGCAGUGGGUGUUUAGUUCUCUGCAUCGUCUCUCAGCAGCUAAUGUGCCUGUUUUUCCGAUGAAGAGUUAAAUAAACUGAUGUUUACUUCAUU